ACCAUGCAAUAUGGAAAUCAUUCACUUUUAUUUGCUAUCAAAGGAUAUAAAAUGCACUGUACACCCAGCGAAUGAGCCAGAGGCACGGGAGACUUCGCCAUGAACAGGUUUCUCCUUAUCGCCGUUUCUGGAUCGGUUCUUGUUAUCUCCUUGGCAUUGAGUAUGACUGAUUAUGGAAAAGAAGAGAAGACAGCGGUCUGGACAGAUUCGUUAAGGUACUAAGUUUAAAAUUGUAGAUAUCGUAUCCUUUAUUGCCACCAAUUAAGCACAGAGAGGAAAAACGAUACAAACUCCACUAUAAAAUUGUAAAGCCCCUUUGGCCCGAAUGAAGUUUGAUUUAACUAGUAUAACAACAAAUACCCUUAUGAACCUAUUUAUUUACUGUGGGGCACUCAUUACUUGUCUCCAAUCCAUAAGGUUAUUUUUGGUACUGUAUUAUACGAAAUAACACACAAUGGUGGCGUUUAGAACUGGGCGUCUCCCUAUACCAGAUGCCUUGACCAUUGAGGCACUUAUUGUGUGUUCUAUUUCAUUUUACGCAAUGUAUCUUUUACCACUAGGUGAAACAAAUCUCAUUUUAUAUCAGCGAAGAUAUAUAGAAUAAAAUGUAUUUUCUCAUUGUGAACAUCGAUAAUAGACAAUAUAAGACUUCCCACAUUCCUCAACUGUUCUUGAUACAAGCUCCUGGUAAGAAUCAAGCUCAUAGAAAUCUGAACAAAGAUCUUACAGGAACGUUGGAAAAAUAUUUUGGAGCGCUGCCUUCUGGACUUGUCAUAUUUUCAAACGCGGAAUACGAUAAAAAGAAAGAGAGGAAAAAAACAAUAUCUGAAAUUGGAAUGGUCUUGAUGAGCAAAACUGGCGUUUAAGGUUCUUCGAGAAUGAAGGGCUCUCCGUGGUUUGCUUAUGCUUGGAAAAUUUUAAGGGAGCAUUGCAUGAUAUCCCAAAGAACGUCUAAGACCACAAAAACCCCUGCGAUUGAACCCCAGGAAAAUUAAUCAAAUCUGAAAAGUAUCUUAAAUUUUGUGAGCUUCAAAACGAUACGAUCUUUUUAACCUUACCGUUGAAAAUUGCAUAUAUCAUAUACGCAAACAACACAACCUUAACGAGCGCAAUCACCUCGUAGAUAAACUGCUAAACAACCAAAUUUAGAAGCUCUCUACAUAAUAAGAGAAAAAGGAAAUUGCUGCUUCAAAGCCAGCGCGCUAUUUAGCACCCACUUUCGAGAAGUAAAUUGUCCCCAUUGCACUAGUGGUUUUAAAUUGUAGUUUAAACAUUCAUGAAGGCUAAGAUGAACAAAAUAGUAAAGCUUAUUUAUCUACGCAAAUUUGUCUAAGGGUUGCUAAAAGUUUUUUGACUUACGAACUAAACGUAGAGGGCUACAGAGGGACGAGAACGAUUGUAAAUAACACAUAUAAGGCUUAAUAAUGUAAGGAGAAUGCAUGGAUAGAAUUCGUUUGCUAUUUUAUAUCAGUUUUUUUUUAUAAUAUCAUCCAUUUUGGUGACCAUAUCACCAUAACAUUUUAUCAUCCAGCUUACCUGAAUUGUUUAUAGCAAUAAUAAAGCACGAAUCGAGUUUAAAUAUUCUGCGAUAUUGUACGGGUUAUUUCUACAAUCGAUCAUUUUGUACUGUAAAAAGCCAAUCCGAUAUGCAAGCGUUACGCAGUACCUGUCACAAACUGCUUCUCUAUUUGCUUUUAUUUCCCUGCAUUAUGAUGUACCUAAAAUAAGUAGUCGGAUAAUGAACACCUUCGUAAAAGUUUUGAUGUGAAGAACCGCUGAGUAUUGUUAGACGUUCUUUGGGCUCUUUAAAAUAUGUUGCAAAAGGAAGAAAUGCAUCGACGCUGAUUUAUUCCAUCCUUAUUUACUGAUGUUUUAAUUUAAACAACUGUCCAUAGCCCAUGCUACCUCUGAAAAGACAGACUAAACUGCGGCGAGAUUAGAACUUUAUUGGUAAAAUAUUUGAUAGUUGCACUUUUCACUUCCCCUCCUUCCCCUCGUUACAGCAAAGCGUGUCAACACGGAACACCAAGAGGCUAUGCUUUCAUUUUCUUUUGGCAUAGGAACUCUUGCUUCAAUUAGGAGAACUUUUCUUUCACUCCUUUAUUUUCUCUAAUCUUAAAUUUCCUUCAACUAAUUAAUAUUAAAAAUCACAGUUUAUUAUCGAGUUCACACCAUCAACUCAAUAUUUUACCGGGGGAAAAAAAAUGAACAGCCGCCUCAAAAGAAGCAAACUAUACUCGUGUCAGUACCUAAAACUUUUUUCAUUCUAUUUUCUCACAAUCGCGCGUAUACAAAUCCAAUACAUCUUAAGAUAUGUAUUACACUUGCUUUCUCAUUCAAUUUGUCAUUAAAAAGCUUUUCGUGGAUUAUAUAUGGGAUUUAAAGGCCAAUAAACAUGUGCAACGAUGACCAUAUUGGAAGGUAUGUGGCCUAAUCAUACAUUUGAGAGAAAGAGUUCAUUUUUGUGGUGUGAUCGAUCGUGAGAGUGUGACUGUUGUAGGGCGUACCAACUGACGAUUGGACAACUUAAGUAGAAGUGGGAAAUCAUCAUCAGAAAAUGACCGAAGGCGAUCGGAGACGAAAAUAGAUCUUUUUUUAACUCUUGACAAAAAAAUUCAAUAUUCAGGCCAAAUGACUGAAAAGUUGAGGAGAUUAAUUUUCCGCGAUACGGUUUAAGAUUGAUAACAAGUGUAAUGGCUGUCAAAGGUUAAUUUUUUCAGAAUUUCGCCCUCUUCUCUUAUUUAUCAGUGCUGACCACUUUGAAUUCUUGAAAUCAGAGAUCUCGGAAGUAGAGAUCUGCUAAAACAUGAUGCAAACGCGAACGCGAGAAAGUGCGCUCAGGAAUAUCAGCGUCUCAAAUAAAUUCGUGAUCGAGCACUUUAUCUUUUGAUAAAGAGGGAUCUUAGAGCUCGGAAUCAAUAUGAAAAUCAAUCACUUGUACCUACUAUCGAAGGAUAUGAAAUUCACUGUGCACCACGACGCACGAGUCUCCGACGUGGGCUCAUCAAAAUUCAACACAAAGGAAAAAAGGGCAUCGACGCUUAAUUAUCAUUAACAUUUAUCGAUGUCCCGUUUUUAGAAAAAGAAAGCUGACAGCAUAAAUUGCAACGAGAAACGAACUUGGUUGGAGAAAUCUUGGUUGGUCUUGCAUGCAUUUUUUUUUUCUUUGCAGAAUAGCGUGUCUUCAUUUUCUCUUGGAGGUCGUCAGAGUUACUAAGUAUCCUAAUAUUAUCGGCGCCAAAAAUAGAUCUGUUUCCUCUCACCCUUGACGUAAAGUUUCGUUUUCAAGCCGAGGUGAUCGUGACUGAAUAGUCGAGGAAACAUUUUUCACACCAUAUGCUUAAGGCUACCAGGAAGUGGAAAGACUGACGGACUGAACGCCAAGAACAUUCGUGCCUUGGCUGAGAGAAUAAGUUUAUUUUUCAGAAUGUCCUCUUCUGUUAUAAGUUUGAUUUAGAGAUACUCGAAUGCAGAAAUCUGCCUAGGCACGACGCAAAUGUGGACGUGACAUUAUUUACCACUGUAAAAUAGUGCACUCAUAUCUGGCGACUCCUUAGAUAAUAUUAUGUUUGUGUUUUGCUGUUACACUCUCUAUUAAAAAAUAUAUAUAUAGCUCAAAGCUUCAAAGCCAGCCUCUUUUUAGCUCUUGAAGAACAUGAAUUGUCAUUUAAACUAUAAAAUGUUUAGGAAACAAACAAACAAUAUAAACGCUUGCUUCGUUCCUGCACCUUGCAAGUUAAGUAAUGUUCACAACAUGGACAGUCAGAGAACGGGCCUUUAUUAGCACUUCCUUCUCCAUGCUAGGGUAAUGACUGGUCAAGCAAUAUGCGUCCGCUUUACAAUCAAGAGUGGUAGGAAGUGUUUUAGAACGAACAGGGUAAAAAGUGACGCCGGAAACUAGAACUGACUUAGAGAAGUCUUUCUCAUACUGGUUGAAUGUGUUAAAUAAAUUUGUACUUUACAUCAAUUUAUUCGAUAACAUGAAGUUAUCCAGUUUCUUGGAAUGAAGUGAUAUAUUAUCCUUGUAUAUACCACACGAGUGGAUAGUGCUUUUCACGCGCCUCCAAGCAGCCAAAGAGACAACAUCGCACAUCAACAAUUCAAUCACCAAUUACCAACCAUAUAUAUUUAUAUAUAUAUGUACCACUAUUCACCUUCAUUUUUGUGAAUAAUUGAACAUUGGAGCGUUUCCAAGCUUUAAAUGAACUUUAAGUAUUGCUUGAAUGGUCGAGAACAUUCCAUAUCUAGGGGUAAAUAAACAGAUAUCGUUUUCAUCACGUACCCCUAAAAGCCACAUAAUCGAAGGAGGUAAAAGGCAACGGAUGACUCGGUUAUUCAUCAGGAAGUGUUCUUCCUGUCCUUCGUUAUUGACACGGUCUGUUUUAAGAAACAGAUUUUAGAACAGAUAUUAAGUUCGGAAAACCCACGAUCGCGUAAUUUGCAGAACGUUUUCACGCCAGAAGCAAUGUUUUGGUCAAAUAUAUCCUGGCGGUUGGCUACAUCUAAAAAACAAAAUUCCAUAUUGGUAAAAAGAAACUCUUGACAUCUUGAUAAAUUAGGCUCCUCUAAGACGAUUACCAAAUAUGGAAAUCACCUUCUUAUUCUUGUUAUAAAAGGGUACAAAAUGUGCCAUGCGCCUAAGCGUGCGACCCAGAAGAAGGGAGGACUUCGCCAUGAACAGCUUCCUCCUUAUCGCUGUGUAUGGAGCGACUCUUGCUAUCGCUUUAGCAUUUACUUUUACUGAAUACGGAAACGAAAAGAACACGACAGUCUAUAAAAAGUCUCUGGAUGACUUUGAACCGGAAUUUGAAGAUGCUUUAAGGUACCGUAGUUAAGUAGAAAUUCAGUCUAAAUAUCACAUUUUAUCACCACCAAUUAAGCACACAGGCGAGAAGAGAUUUCAGUCUCAUCGAAUUUGACUUCAACCUAGGCACCGUCAUACGGAACGACAACAACACCUCUGAAACAUACAUUGGACCCACAGAAACCGACUUCAAAACAAGACACAGAAAUCACACACCAUCAUUCCGCCACACCAAGCACAAAAACUCCACCGAACUUAGCAAACACAUCUGGACACUCAAGAACGACAACAUCGACUAUUCUAUUUCAUGGCGCAUCUUAUCAUCUAGCUCUCCCUACAACAGCUCCAGUAAAAGAUGCAACCUCUGCCUAAAAGAAAAAUUCCUGAUAAUUUACCGACCCGUCCUCUCAUCAAAUAAAAUAAAAAAUAAAUAAGCGAAACGAACUCGUAUCUUCAUGCCGACACAGAAACAAAGCGUUGCUACGCAACAGCUGAUCUUUAAAGUUUUAAAGUUUACCGCGUAUUUACCGAUAGUCACAUGAAUAUUCUUUCAUUAAACCCCUGAAGAGUGAAGCGAUUCACGAAACAGGCUUGUCGGGAAAUGUAGUUGCGUCCUUUUUUCCUCUCAUAAUAUUUAUUCUGCUCUGCUUCAACGUAUUGAGCACUGUUCCACGCGAAAAUCGAUUUGCAGACUUCCUAUAUAUAUAUAUACACACAGACACACAGACACACAGACACACAGACACACAGGCACAGACACAGACACAUAGACACAUAGACACAUAGACACAUAGACACAUAGACACAUAGACACAUAGACACAUAGACACAUAGACACAUAGACACAUAGACACAUAGACAUAUAGACAUAUAUAUAUAUAUAUAUAUAUAUAUUUUUUUUUUUUUUUUUUUUAAUUUUCAAAUUUUUUAAAUUUUAUUUUAAGUGACUUGAAUUGGAAUGCUGAGGAUUAUGGCUUCUAUAAAAACGAACCAGAAGCUGUCAUCGAUGAUGAAAAAGACGACAACGAAGGCGAAGAAAGCAAUGUUUUGGAUUUAGAGAAGAGAUCAACAGACCCCAAAUCGCGGAAAGGGCGCCGCCGCGGGUCUCUCAUUCAUCCAGAAGUGGGACGAGUCCCAUUGCGCCGCCGCCGUUCAGCAGUACGCCGUCGGCGUAGAAAUGGCUAAA